CCACAAUGUCCUGGAAGCUCGGUUCUUCAAAGAAAAACAAGGAGCCCAAGCCCGAGCUCGGCGUCUCCUCUCGCUCCGUCACCCCCAUCCCCCCGCCGUCCCGCUCGACCACACCCAUGCCGCCCCCAGCCAUCGACGCCCAGUCCACAUUCCGCUCCGGCCUCCUCACCAUCCGCAUCUUCUCAGGCCGCGGCCUCGCCCUCGCGCCCGGCGUCCACAUCCCCGAGAUCAUACAGAAGGCCCUCGACGGCGCCCCCGCCCCGCGCACCUCCACCGGCAGCCACCGCGAGAGCAUGCAGCGCCGCCGCUACUGGUGGCUCCCCUACGUCGUCCUCGAGUUUGACAAGAACGAGAUCCUCAUCGAUGCCCUCGGCGGCGAUCUCACCAAUCCGAUAUGGAACUACCGCGCGAACUUCGAUGUCUCGCGCACGUCCACGAUCUCCGUCUCGGCCUACCUGCGCACGGCGCAGUGCGUCCAGGGACAGGACGACAUGGGCAAUGACCUCCUCAUGGCGCGCGUCGACCUGACGCCCGUCCUCGACGCCCAACACGUCUCCGACCAAUGGUACACCUCCACGACCAACUCCGGCUCCUUCCACCUCACGAUCGCCUUCAAGCCCUCGCGCAACGAGCCGCUCACGAUCGAGGCCUUCGACCUGCUCAAGGUCAUCGGCAAGGGCUCCUUCGGCAAGGUCAUGCAGGUCCGCAAGAAGGACACCCAGCGCGUGUACGCCCUCAAGACGAUCCGCAAGGCGAACAUCGCCUCGCGCCCGGGCGAGAUCACGCACAUCCUCGCGGAGCGCACCGUGCUCGCGCUCGUGAACAACCCGUUCAUCGUCCCCCUCAAGUUCUCGUUCCAGAACCCGGACAAGCUCUACCUCGUCAUGUCCUUCGUGAACGGCGGAGAGCUGUUCUAUCACCUCCAGCGCGAGGGCAAGUUCGACGAGUACAGGAGCAGGUUCUACGCCGCCGAGCUCCUCUGCGCGCUCGAGCACCUGCACAUGUUCAACGUCGUCUACCGCGAUUUGAAACCGGAGAAUAUUUUGCUCGAUUAUACGGGCCACAUCGCGCUGUGCGAUUUUGGGCUCUGCAAGCUCAACAUGUCGGAGACGGAGAAGACGAACACGUUUUGCGGGACGCCGGAGUACAUUGCGCCGGAGCUGCUUGAGUCGCAGGGAUACACGAAGACGGUGGACUGGUGGACGCUCGGCGUGCUUCUAUACGAAAUGAUGACCGGCCUCCCCCCGUUCUACGACGAGAACGUGAACGUGAUGUACCAGCGCAUCCUGCAGGACCCGCUCCUCUUCCCGCCCGACAUGCCGCCCGAGGCGCAGAGCGUGAUCGCCGCGCUCCUCCAGCGCGACCCCGCGAAGCGCCUCGGCGCGAACGGUGGCGAGGAGAUCAAGCGCCACCCAUUCUUCGCGCGGCACGUGGAUUGGCACCGGCUGCUGCAGAAGAAGAUCCAGCCGCCUUUCAAGCCCAGCGUGGAAUCCGUGCUCGACGUCGCGAACUUCGACCAGGAGUUCACGAGCGAGGCCGCGCAGGACUCGGUCGUGCAGGACUCGCGCCUGUCGGAGACUGUGCAGGACCAGUUCCGCGGGUUCACGUAUAACCCCGCGGACGAGCACCUGAGCGAGAGCGUCACGUAUAACAGCGCGAUGGCGUGAGCGCGCCGACCGCAUGGAGUGGUCCGUCCGUCUGUUGUGGUCUGGACGCUGUUCGUUUUUUUUGUGCUUUGUUCGUGGUUCGCCUCGGCCCGGCCCGUACGCGCGCUCUCGCGCCCGCUUCUGUUUGUUUGUUUGUUCGUAUAUCCGUCCGCCGUCGUGGAUAGGCAUACUUUUCUUGGUUCUCUGCUAUUUAUUGUUCGCUCGCUCGUGCCCGUCCGUCUGCGUCGUCUGUCCGUCUGUCCGUCCUCGCUCCUCCCGAUCCCGUGCCUUACUUAUUCUCGCUUCUCGCUUCUCUUCUCGCUUCUUGUACACACGUCGUCCGUCCUCGUCCUCGCCCUCAUUCUCGUCUUCGCUUUCAUCUCCUUUCCCUCUCUUUCUCUCUUUCUCGCCUAUACAUCGUCGCACGCACGUACAUACAUACGCACGCGGACUUGUUUUUUUCGCACACACCCUGGGCGCCCCACAGGCGGGCGAAGCGCGAGAUGCAUCUGGUCGAGCCACGUUAACUGCUACAGUACGUUACGUCGGAUGCCGCCUCUUCCGCAUCCCCGUCCAUCGAGUCCGUUUCGCCCGCGCGAGGCGCAUGUACAUACACACGUACGCGGUUUUCGCUCUUGCGCGCGCGCACUGCGCAUGCGUGGCAUGUC